AUGACUCACUACCGCCCAAACACCGCCAUGGCUCCGGACGUUGGCAACAAUCGCCACGCUUCUUACCCGGGCUAUCUCAGCGCGCAGAUGGGCAGCCAGAAUGAGGCUCCAAGUUCGCAUGGCCAGCCUGUCGGCCAGCACUCUGAUACCAUUGGUGCCGUCAUGAAUCAGUUCAGCACUCUCGCCCUCCCUGCCGCUCCCGGUAUCGCGAGCGCGUCGAACAUGUCACAGAUGGCUCACCAUGCCUACUGCGCUCCACAGGAGCAGCCUGUCGCCUAUCAGGGCUAUUCUGUACCCUUACACGUCGGAAUGGCCCCCGAGGCGGCGUUUGCAUUUGGAAUCUCUGGCCAAUACCCCGUUCAAAGCGGCUUUGCUCCGCUCUCCAUGCCUUAUCAUGCCAUACCUUACACGCCGGCCCGCGUCGCCUCUUAUGCCGACCGCAGCAGCGAGGUACCAGGCCUCGAAAAUCGACGUGGAUCAUACUCCACGACGGAGUCUACGCCCGCUACCCCUUUUUUCGGUAAUGCACUGGAGCGUGGCAACCCCGCACGGGUCGCAGUGUUCCGUUCAAACUAUACGACACCUUCUCCAGAGCAAGUUCUGGCGCCCAAGGCUCCUCAGGCCAUCAGCGAAGAUCUCCUGGAGCUUCUCAAGCAGGACCCUCCUAUUCCCCAGGCUGUACCAGCUGUGUUCACGCCGCCUAGCCACACCAAGUCGAUUGAGCAGUGCCUGGAGAAUAGAAUUCAUGGAAACCGCAACGUCUAUAUCCGCGGCCUCCACCCCACGACCGACGACGACCUCCUGUACCGAUAUGCGUCCCGCUUCGGAAAAGUUGAGCAGAGCAAGGCCAUCAUUGACACGUCCACUGGCGCUUGCAAAGGGUUCGGCUUUGCCAAGUUUGCCGACGUCCGCGACUCCGAGAAGUGUAUUCGUGGCUUUUACCAUCUUGGUUAUGAGGUUGGCUUUGCUCGGGUGAGUUUCAAUGCUAGACUCAAGGCCGAAGGCGACGAGACGUCCACCAACCUGUAUCUGUCGAACCUUCCCAAGCGUCUCAAUGAGUCGGAACUGAAUGCGAUAUUCGCCGGCUAUCACGUCGUUUCGAGCAAAAUCUUACGCGACAGCAUGGGAAACAGCCGUGGAGUUGGAUUUGCUCGUUUCGAAACGCGCGAGGAGUGUGAAGACAUCAUCAAGAAGUACCACGGCGCCUCUAUUGGUGAAGAGGGAAUGUUGAUGCAGGUCCGUUAUGCGGACACGCCAGCCCAGAAGGAGCUCAAGCGCAUCACCGCCGAACGUCGCCAGUUCCGUACAAACGAGUACAACAUUGGUGCUUACGGCACAGCUGACGUUGGAAUCCACCCCACUAUCUACAGCCCAGCCCCCUGGAACCGCCGUGCUGGUGUGGGAAGUGGCAGCCUCUUCGCCCCUCGUGUGCCAUCAAUUCGUGCCGGCCUUGGCAACAACGCCAGCAUGAACUCUGUUGCGGGUGGUCAGGGCGUGGGACAUACCCCGAAGCAAAGCGUCUCGGUGCCCGGAACGGUGUCGUCUGAUGACGGUUUGGGCGGUGACAACAACACCACUAUCGAUUCGCCGACAGCUAAGAAGGGCAGUACCCAGUCUUCGCCCACUCUCAAGACGGAGAGGGCCUAG